GGUACCGCGGUGAACCGGACCCGUCUUCGGGUUGCACAGGGAAGACUGCUGCGGAACCUGUCUUCUCUCUCCCUUGCGUUUCCACUCGGGCUUCUUUGGAAACGGACACGGUAGAGGAGACUUUGAACAUGGAGACCGCGGGCUCUGGGCCUGGGGAGCCUUCUCCACUAGAGGCUCCAGCGUCCCCAGACGAUCGGCUCUUCCUGAUUAAAGGUGGAAUUUUCCUCGGUUCUGCAGCAGCAGCGGGAAUGCUAGCCGGAUUUAUUACAACAUUAUCAUUAGCUAAAAAGAAAAGCCCUGAAUGGUUCAAUAAGGGCACUAUGGCCACAGCUGCCUUACCAGAGAGUGGAUCUUCCCUUGCUCUGCGAGCCCUAGGCUGGGGUUCUCUUUAUGCCUGGUGUGGGGUCGGCGUGAUCAGCUUUGCAGUCUGGAAAGCUUUAGGAGUUCACAGCAUGAAGGACUUUCGAAGUAAGAUGCAAUCCAUAUUUCCAGCAAUUCCCAAGAACUCCGAGUCAGCCGCUACGUGGGAGGAGGCACUCAGCUCUAAGUGAGAUGGGUGUGGAUGACUCCAGAGGAGCUGGUGCAGGAAUGGCAGCUCUGGGAACACCACAUGAGAAAAGGGACUGGGGUGACUCCGCUCCAGGAACACGUGCAGAUGGCCGGUCAGCCCAGGGGCCACAGCUAUAGCCAUCUGUGUCCAUGUCUAUGGUACAGGGAGGGAAUGUUUUCCUAAAGCUAAGACCCCUCAAGGAGGGGUCCCAGAGGAAAUAUUCCUGUUUAGAACAAUAAACCAUGUUUCAUACUCACAAAAAAAGUAAGAUAGAAAAUCUUCACAAGGGCUGGAGAGAUCCCCGUGGUUAAGAGCACACACUGCUCUUGCAGAGGACCCCAGUUCAUUUCCCAGCACCCACUUCGGGUGGCUCAAACCACCUGCAGCUCCAGCUCCAGCUCCAGGCAUCUAACAUCCUCUUCUGGACUCUGUGGGCACCUGACUCACGUGUGAACACACCCACACACAUCUACACAAUGAAAAAGUAAAAUUAAACCUUUUUAAAAAGCUCA